AUGAUGAGAAUGAAUAGAUUAUUGCAUAAUAUAAGAUAUUCAUUUAAACUAACAUUGUUAUUAAUAGAAGUGUUAGUAUUGUUAAUCGUAAUUGUACACUGUCAAUUGCCAAAUGAUAUUUCAACCUCGUGGAUGGAAGAACGGUUAUUCGCUCGAGCACGUUGUAAAGCUAACUGUUUGAGAUUAUUUAAUAAUCCGGAAGAAUCAAAAGCAUUUCGUAGAAUAUGGAAUAAUGAAAAAUUCAAUGAUUUAGAUUGGUUCACAUGUUUUGCAAAUUCACAUGAACGAUGUAGCACUGAUUGUUUCACAACUUGCGAUCUACCUCCAACUGAAUGUUUAUCACAUUGCUCGGAUAAAAUAAUUGGAUGUCAAAUUGGAUGCUUUCUAAUUAAGCAAACAUGUGAAAAUCAACCAGGUGAAUGUAGUAAUUCUAAUUAUUUAAUGAAUGAUCUCAACCGUACACCAUCAAUUAAUCAGAAUAAUCAAACACAAUAUAAUGGACGAAAAUAUCCAGUGGUUAAUGAUUGUGCAAAUAACUGUCAAUUAGAUUGUAAAGUUCCUCUUCAAACAUGUUGUAAAUAUAAAUGUCCCCAACUAAGUACAGAUUCCAUCUACAAUAAACUUGUUCCACCUCGACCAAUUCUUCUGAAUUCCACCAUAUCUUCGACAAAUGCGAAUAUUAUUAAAUUAUCAUGGUCUUCACAAUAUCAAAAUAUAACUAGCACAAUGAAUCCAAUUGUGUUUAUAUUACAAAUACGAAUAUGUAGUUGUCAAGUGUUUGAUGAAAGUUAUGCAUCAACAUGGAAAACAUUAAUUAUGACUCAUGAAUUCGGGGCAAAUCUUGAAGCAUUUGAACCUGGACGAUUGUAUCAAUUUCGUAUUGCUGCUGUCAGUAUUUAUGGUACUAGAGGAUUUGGUUUAGGCACAAACGCUUAUCCUAGAGAUCCAAUCAGACCAUCACCACCAGGACCACCUAGAAAUGUAACCGAUUCAAUGUGGAGGUUAUAUCCAUCUGGUAAGAUAAAUCUUCUACUAAAGUGGCAACCACCGGUACAAAGUGAUCUACCGUUAACUGAAUAUUUGAUAACUUGGUCUAUUGAUCAUGGUUACUUACAUACGGAUGGACGAACACUAGAAGCUCUUAUUCAGUUCACUCGAACUAUUAAUGCGGAACGAACAGAAUGUAUUUUGGAUAACUUAAAACCAGCAACUUCAUACAAAAUUCAAGUUAAAGCAACAUCUUAUUGGCAUGGAUUUGGUAAUUUAGAAUCUCAACCAAAUACAAUAUUUCUUUCAACUCAAUCCAUUCAUCCAGCAUUUCAUCAACAAAUUGUUAGUCCAGUACAAAUCUAUACUACACCAAAUACAAUCAAAUUACCAAAAGAGGUUACGUUGAAAUCCAAAUCAUCCGACUGUGAUUGUGGAAAUGGUCCACAACCUUUAGUGUUGAAGAAAAUAUUUUAUGAAAAUCAUAAGUUAAAGGCUAUACUACAAAUUAAUAUGACUAUAAAGACGGAAAGUACAGCAUUAAUCCAGUGGUACCUACAAGCAUGUGUUGAUUCGAACAAUCCUAUAUUGGAUACAUUACCUUCAACAAUCUUAUUAAAAUCUAAAGAUAAAAUAGUCAUAUUAGAAAACCUUCAUUUUAACUGUCAUUAUGGUGUACGAGUUCGUGUAUAUCCAGCAACUUUGGAUGCAAAAUAUAUAACUAUGAUAGAAUCACUUGUUCAUGUACAAAAUCAGCAGUUUGAUGGAAUCGUUUAUAUCGGAUGUUUUUGCACACCAUCUUGUUCAAAUGUUAUAAAUAAAGAAGGUCAGUUGCCAGAUAAUUGUAUUUUACCAGAUCUGGGAUCGCCCUCUCCACCAACAAAAGUCCAAGUAAUUCACAUAGAUAGUUUAAAUUAUCGAAUAUCAUGGAUAAAACCGAUGACAACUAUGGAUAAAGUAACACGAGAUGUGGACAAACACGCAAGUCUUUCUUCAUCUGUUAAUAAAAUAAACAGAAAUUCAACCAAAUAUCGAGUAAUGUGGGCACCAAGAAUUCAUGAACCGGUGGAUGAAUCAAUGUAUAACGAUGAAAUCGGUUUCAGUCCGAUAAUGGAUUUAAGACAGAUUGAUAUCAAAGUGAUAGACCAAGAUCAAACAUGGAUUGUAUUAAACCAAUUGAAACCCAACACACUUUAUAUUGUACAUGUACAAACUUUGUUUAUUUCAUAUAACGGUAUGGAAAGGGAAAGUGAUCCAGUCUCGGUUUACUUCACAACAAUUUGUGAUAAACAAAUGAAAAGUUCUUAUUCAGGUAAAUACAGAUCUCGGAAUUUCGCUUCUCCGUGUCCGGCAGCAGUAUUCACCCAUGCUCAGUUCUUUAUUAUAUUCUCACUUCUAGGCAUUUAUUUCUUGUAA